UCCUUAACCAUGGUUUUUUCCCACUGGGUUUUCCUGGUAAGUUUUUAACGAGGCAGCAUCUUAUGCGCAUUAUAGUGUAUUAUUUUGUACAGGUUUUGUAGUAAAUGUUAGUUAUUGUUUUAUUCAAUAUAUAGUCAUCCAAGGGGGAGUGUUAUGAUAAUAUCUAAAUAUGGAUGACUAUUAUCCCAUGUACAAUUUAGAAUAUUCUAGAGUUGGGUAUUUGGUCUUAUCCAUUGAUGGAACCCUAGGAAAUGUACAUUAUAUAUAUCCCGUAUUAGAUGGAAUAUGAAAUACAACGUAACAAUCUUCCCUCAUCUCUCUUUAUUUUCUAUUCCAUAUUUAACAUAUUCAAAAUUUUCUUUCUGAAUUUUUGUUUUUUCAAAUAAAUAAUGUUUAGAUUCUCUAUAACUGUUUGGAUAAUACAUGUAUUUUUCCAAAUGGAAUGAAUUAAUAUUCGACUUCUUCUUGACUCGAACUUGUUCUCGCUUAGUUCUCUUGCGAAUAUUGGCUAAGGAAUGGUAAAUAAACCAUCUACUAGACCAAAAUCAAAGAUUGAUAAGAACAAACAAAAUACUUGAUGAUCUAAAUCAACUUUGAGAAUAAAAUCACUACAACGAUCUUUACAAACGUUUAGACAUUGAUUGAAAUUAUAAUUUGAUUUUAAUGGUAUGAAUUUAUGAAAUUCGUUUUAAGAAAAAAAAAAAAAGAAAAGAAAAAAACUGUUCGAAGGAGUUCGAACAAACCAAGGAGUUCUAUUCGAAAAUUUGAUCCAAAAAUUCGACAAGUUUUGUCGAAAUUGAUUAAGGGCUUUAGUUUCUUUGGAUUUCAAUUGCAAAACCAUGUAUUUAAUUCUUAUUUUCGUUUAGAAAUAAAAGAGUUUGAUUCAAAACAAUUAAAAAACCCUAAUUUUUCCCCAAUUUGAUUUUAUAUGUUAAAUCUUCGAUUUUGGUUCAAUUAGAUUGAAAUUUGAUGCGAAAAGAUGUUUUUGCUGAAAUUUAUAUAAAAUUAUACACGAAAAUACCAAGAGUUAGUUCGAAAUUGUUCGGAAUUUGCAAAGAAAAUUCUUCGAAAACUGGUUUCGAAAACAGGUUCGUAUUGGUGGCUGCAAGGGGAUUGCGUGGCGGCUGAUGGUGGCGCUGGCUGCAAUUGUUGCGCCGGCUGCAAGUGUUGGUGCCAUGUCUGGGUUUUGCGCGAACAGGCUGCACCUCUGCGUGAAUGGAUCUCCCCUGUUUAGAGCUGGCUGGUUUUGAUUCGUGCGGUGGUGCUCUGGCUGCGCAAAGGUUGCGCGAGCAGGCACUGCGCGUGGUGGCAGGCACUUCUUUGCGGUUCCCCUUCGUUGCUGCUGUCGUGAGUUGGCAGCUGGUGGUAGCUGCAUCUCCACCCAACAGAGCAGCCUCUGCUACUCCCCUGUCUUUCGUGGCUGCUGUUUCUGAAACAACCUGGGCCAAAAGCUUGGGCUGGGUUGGGUCUGCUGGCCCGCUCAGUCCAAGCUAAGUCAACUAAUAAAAUAUAGUAUAAUAAUAUAAUAAUUCUUAUGAGGGAAUAAUAUAAUAGACACAAAACCCUUAAAUCACAUAUUCACUCUCUCCAGUCUCCCUCUGUCUCUUCAUCACCAUCAUUCAUCUCGGCCUCUGGUUUCCGUCGUUAGACCGCUUUCUGCUGAUUUUACACAAGGCGUUUGGUAGAGGGUGUGACCGCAGCUUGCUGUUUGAGAUGUCAAAUUCUCCAAGUGUACUUCACCUCGGGCAAAUGGUACAAAAUGAAGAUAAGGACCGGCUUAGCAGCUUACCAGAUGAUAUACUAGUCUCCAUCCUACAACUAAUUGAUAUGAACGAUGCAACAAGAACUAGCGUCCUUUUAAGACGUUGGAGAUAUUUGGCUCCGUAUUCUUAUUUUACUGUUGUGGACUUGGAUGCUAGAAAGACAUCACUGGUUGAUUGCAAGACUAGCCGUAUAUCUUAUAAUGAUGCAAGACCCAAAUUUCUGAAUUGGGUUCAUCAGGGUUCCUGUUUCAAGAAUGGGUCUAGCAAUCUAACAUCUCUAUGUCUGAGGUUCGUUAACAUAAGUGGAGAGUUACUAGAGUUGUUUUUGUCUCAUUUCCCCCUCUUGGAACGUCUAUACAUUGAAAGCUCUAAUGAGUUGCAGAAUCUUAAGAUCAUAAACUCGUCUGAAAAGUUGAAACACUUGGCUAUACACUGGUGCAAGUUUGUAAAGGAAAUUGAGAUACAUGCUGUCAAUCUUUUGUCGUUUGAAUUCUCACACUCCCACAAAUCCCACAAUUUCUCCGAGUCUCCUACCGGUAGCGUGAAUGUGAUAUAUGCUAGUGUUCCAUCACUUGUUGAUGCACGGUUUUGUUGGGGGCGUUGCGCUAGUUGGCUUCCAUAUUUCUUGCAGAUACAUUGCUUUGCUGCACAGUUGACUAAACUUUCUCUUCAGAUGAUAGUUAGUACUGAUCAAGACCCGCACCUAAUACCUUCCUUCCCUAACGUGAAAGACUUGGAGUUACAAGUAACCGUUGGUCACCAUCGGUUUGAUGGGAGACAUAUGAACCUAUUUCGGCUGAGACGCUAUGCAGAGGCUUGUCCGGUCUUGGAUAAUGUUAAGCUGCAGAUAAAUUGGAGUUGUGAUUGUGGCGACGACAAAGAGAUACAACUAUCUGAUUCUGAGUCGAGUGUUGAUUUUGAUUCCAAUUACGGUUCUGAUAUCGAUUUGGAUUCUGAUUCUGAUUCUGGUCCAGAAGAAUACAGUUUAGAAGAGGUUAAACAGUGGUUGGAGGAAAAGGAGGGAGUUAAUGCAACCUUACCUUUCUUGCGAAAACUUGAAUUGACUGCAGCAUUUAGUCAUCACUUUGAAGCUGAAUAUGAACUCGCCUUAUACUUUGUAAAAAAUGCAGUCAUGCUUGAGAAAUUCAUUUGUAAUCCACAAUUUGAGGAUGAGAAUUGGAUUCAGUACAGUAUGGAUGUUCUCGAAGAAGAUAUUCGUAGACAACGUGCUCAGUACAAUAUGGAUGUUCUCGAAGAAGAUGUUCGUAGACAACGUGCUAGGAAAUUAGCUGUGGCUAUACCAUCUUGUAUUGACUUUACAAUUUUGUGAAUUCAUCUACUUAUUCCGUAACAUAAUAAAUGCAACCGUUUGAAUCUCAACACUAUUCACAAUUUUUACUUUAAGCGUAAUUUGUGACUUGUAAAUAAGAAAAAAUAUUGUUAUUUCGGGUCCCGUUGGAUUCAACUGAACUUGUAGCUUUAUGAUCUA